AUGCUCUACUUCGGACUGCCUGUCGAGCCAAUUUUGACUGAGCUGACGCGCUUUUCGAAGCCGGAUUUUGAUGUGGACGACUGGGAUGAACUCUGCACUGCCGAGGUCCGCCCUCCCCUGCACUUUCUGACAGCCCACGACCAGAGAAAUUUCGGAUACGACUACAUGAGAGUCAAGCUAAGACGAAGAAAAGGAAAAGAGGAACAAUUCAGCACCAUCCCUGUGGCAGCUGCUCAAAUGCCAGACGCCACUGGUGAAGGGCUAAGCCUUAGAGGAGGGGGCGACGAUGACGAUGCCUUGAUGGUAGAUAUGGACUAUCCGCCAGAUGAUGGUUUAGACAGAAGCCUUGGCCCAUCGGAGACUGCCAUGGUUAUGGCAAACGAAGACGGCGAUUCCUUGGGUGACGGCUCCAGCAGUGAGAUCGUGACGAUGCCUGUGUCGGGCAUAUCAAACAAAGCCAUCUCAGGAAGAGACACUUCCACGCCUGACUCGAGGCAACGUCAAAAGCAGUCGGCAGUGACCUCUGAAACCGGGCAACCAUCACCAGAAUCGGACAAAGUACAUGGAUGGGUUCCUCUGUUUGGAUUCCAAGGCAGAAUCAUGUUCGAUACGGACGACAUGUCCACGUUUCAGGGGGCUGCGAGGAAGCUCUUGUCCCUGCGCCAACGGGAGCAAAGCGACAUCGUACUCGUUGAAUUUGAUCUCAAGACGGCGAAGGUCAUGCGGCAAUUCGAUGACAACAUUCCGCUCAACCCCGUUAGUGAUCUUGCGGAACACCUGAGCCAGGCAGCCAAGUCCGCAUCCAGCUCGGCCUGGUUCGUGCUUCGCAGAGGCGAAGAACUUCCCUCUGAAUGGGAGCCUCCAGAGGCCUUCUUCUUAACCACGCUCAUCAAAUUGACUUAUGUUGACGACGACGGGCGAGAAAACCUCUCGUAUCUCAAAGUGCCCGACGACAAAAGCUUCUUUGGCCCCAAGCAAGUGGGCUACAUUUACCCUGCCAAUAAACCCUGGGGUUCCAAUCAAUACAUGCCCUUUAUCACGACGGCACAAGAAGUAUUGGUGGGAAGACCGGAUCGGCCAGGAGGAAGUCACUGUGAUCUUGUCAUUUCACGUGAUGAAGAGCCAGAAGGAUCAUCACCACCGUGGUAUGGUGGUCUGGAAAUACACCGCGAUCUCUGGGAUAGCAUGCAUCCUCUAAUCAGCAAGGGUCAAGCUUUCAGAGUUACAACUCACCCCGUGGCCAACGAUACCGUUGUGUUCUACCUGCCGGGAAACUCGAACAACGCCAGAACUCUCAAGAACCGAGAGUGCCUUCGACGAACAGGCUCUGAAGACCCAUAUCCCGAUGCCCUGCAAAAGGUUAACCUAAUGACGAAAAGCGUCAAAACGCCCAUGGAAGCCUCUCACUACCUGAUUUGGCGCGGAGUCGACUAUUUCAACCCAUCAAUCAGUUGCCCUGUUGGAGCCUACAGCCCAGUUCGAUGGAAUCAUCGGAACAAAGAUUCUUCGAAACAAGUCCAGAAGGCGCUGUCAAAACUCAUUGCCCGCUCUGUCGACGACAAGAAUGAGCCCUGUCAGUUCUUCGUGAUCCAGCCAAUGGACGAUGCUGAAGAUCCAUGCAUGAUUGAGGCGGUUGAAGGACGAACAGGUCAGGCAAAUUUCAGUAUGGAGCCUCUUACUAUGAAAGCGUUGAAAUCUACGCUGGAACUCCUGUAUACUGGAGACGAAGAGAUCGCCUACGACUCUGAGAAGGACAGCGUUGUCAUGGAGCCUCUUUUCGACGAAGAAACAAUUGAAGGGAGUUGGAGCCCGGCCAGCUUCGUUCUUCGGCCGGCCGCCACCGACUCCGAGGCAGCCAUGGCCCGGCGGUUCAUCCUAACUCAGGUGGUGCGAGCAGACGUCUCGCAAGACGACGAGUUGGACUUUGGUGAGAAACAAUGCUUCUUGAGUAUUCCCUGA